UUCCCACCCCGUAGACGCUCUCAAAAUGGUCUUCACUGACAGCGAAGACGACGAUUUGGAUGCCCCGCGCAUCAAGCGAGAAGGCGCUCGUAGCGCCGAGACCAUCGCAGCGAAGGUAAACAAAAGUCUAGUUGAAGGGUCUGAUGCCGGUCCAAGCACGGCCAGCGAGGCAGAAAUCUCAGAUUGCAUAACAGGGUACGACAAUCGAAAAACACACAAGCGAUCCCGCUCCGAGCCUGUUGUAGCCACGCAAGAUCUCUACGAUUCGGUAGAUGAAGAGCUUGACCGGAUUGAGCAGGAAUGGAAGGAAGGUAGAGAAGAGAAGGCCAAGAGCAGAACAUCAAGGACGACAAAACGCAGAGGGAUGACUGCUAAGCUUGUCGCAGCUAUCGACAAUGAAAUUGCUCCGCCUUCGAAGCCCAGGAAGGCAACUGGUACAACUGGAGUCGGAAGAAAAGGGCCUGUGAGAAAACGCCGGAGGGUAAGAGAGCACGGCGAUUCAGACUCGGACGAGGAUCUCAUGGAAUGGACCAUGCCAGACUAUGUGAGAAAUCGAAGAGCCAAAUUUGAUGAGCGUGCAAAGGAGUUGCGAGAAGGCGGUCUGGCCCUACCACCCACAUAUGACGAUGUGGAUUUCUCGGAUGAUGAGAGAUUGAGGGAGCUGAGGGAGCGGCCGGACUUUCCUGUAUCGACAGCAUCCAGGGAAUAUAAGGACAUCGAAUUGCGUUACUCACUUGGUCUCAUCCCAGCCCCGAUUGCGCAGUUCUUGCGAGAAUACCAGGUUAAGGGCGUGGCAUUCAUGCAUGAACUUUUCGUGUAUCAGAAAGGCGGAAUCCUUGGUGAUGAUAUGGGCUUGGGCAAGACUGUGCAGGUGAUCGCAUUCUUGACCGUGGCUUACGGCAAGACUGGGGACGAACGUGAUCAGAAGAGGAUGAGAAAGAUGCGCAGAGCGAACCAAUGGUACCCGAGAACUCUCAUUAUCUGCCCAGGCACGCUCAUGGAGAACUGGAAAGACGAGUUCCGCCGCUGGGGUUGGUGGCAUGUUGAACUUUACCACGGGGGAGCUACACAGAGACAUGAUGUACUCUUGCAAGCUCAAGCAGGUAUGUUGGAAGUCAUGAUCACGACAUACCACACUUAUCGAGCCAACAAAGAGGAAAUCAACAUGAUCCAGUGGGAUUGCGUUGUUGCUGAUGAAUGCCACAUCGUCAAAGAAAGAAGAUCAGAUACCACCAAAGCCAUGACUGAAAUCAAUGCCCUCUGCCGUAUCGGACUUACAGGGACUGCAAUUCAGAACAAGUACGAAGAACUGUGGACCCUCCUCAACUGGACAAAUCCUGGCAAACUUGGGCCAGUAUCGACAUGGAAGACAUCUGUUUGUAUACCGCUCAAGUUAGGCCAAAGCCAUGACGCUUCACAGUAUCAAUUGGCAAGAGCAAGGAAGACAGCAAAAUUGCUCGUUCAGAAUCUUCUGCCACAGUUCUUCCUUCGACGGACAAAAGCCCUUAUCAAAGACCAACUGCCGAAGAAAUCAGAUCGUGUGGUAUUCUGCCCUCUCACGGCGACUCAGGCUAAAGCAUAUCAAAACUUUCUCGACAGUGACAUUGUUCAAUACAUUAAGACAAGCAGUGACCCGUGCACGUGUGGAAGGAAGAAGAAGGCGGGGUGGUGCUGCAGGAUGAAGCUCGACGACGGUAGCACAUGGCAGAGUUGGGUAUUCCCUGCAAUCGCAAACCUUCGAAAUCUAUCGAAUCACCUAGCUAUUCUUAUUCCACAAGGAUCGGAUCCAGCGGACAAACAGGCAAAGGAUCUCGAGAUGCUCCAGAUUGCAAUGCCAGACAAGUGGAGGGAGAUUUACCGAACACGGGACAGUAUCAUGCAUACAGGCAACCCCGAGUAUUGCGGUAAAUGGCGAGUACUGAAAAAACUUCUUACCUUCUGGCACGAACAAGGUGGCAACAAAGUACUGAUCUUCUCGCACAGCGUCCGCUUGCUGAGGAUGCUGCAGAACUUGUUUAUCAGCACAAAGUUCAAUGUCAGCUAUCUUGAUGGAAGCAUGCAAUAUGAGGAUCGAUACGCAGCUGUCAAGGAGUUCAACACUGAUCCGACACAAUUUGUCUUCCUCAUCAGCACUCGAGCAGGUGGUGUUGGCCUGAACAUCACAUCCGCAAACAAAGUCGUCAUCGUGGACCCAAAUUGGAAUCCCAGCUACGACUUACAGGCACAAGAUAGAGCUUACAGAAUUGGUCAGACGAGGGACGUGGAAGUUUUCCGCCUGAUCAGUCAAGGAACUCUGGAAGAGAUCGUCUACGCCCGCCAGAUCUACAAGCAGCAACAAGCAAAUAUUGGAUACAACGCCACUUCCGAGCGGCGUUAUUUCCAGGGCGUCCAGGAUAGCAAGGACCAAAAAGGGGAGAUCUUUGGGCUGAAGAAUCUUUUCGCCUAUCAGAACGAGAAUCAGGUUCUGCGCGACAUUGUGAACAAGACCAAUAUUGCAGAGUCAAAAGCCGAUGUCCGGGUCGCAGAUCUGGAUCUCGAAGAGCAUGACGCGGACGGCAUCAAAGCUGAAGAAGACGGAAUCAAGGGUGAAGAUGGUGUGGUACCUCGAAUAAAAACCGAUCCAGAUUCGGAAGACGCAGCAAUGUCCCAACUCGCAGCUGAAAUCAUUGGAGAGGAAAGCCGUUCGUCUCGCUCCCGCUCAAGAACGCCCUUUGUCCCAACGAAACCGGGCCUCAAGAAGCAUGAUCCGGUGCAAGCCAUCCUCUCCUCCGUCGGUGUGUCGUAUACACAUGAGAACAGUGAAGUAAUUGGAUCUUCGAAAGUCGAAGCCCUCUUGUCGAAACGCGCCGAAGAAGCCGCAGCCAACAAUAUACAUUGGGAUACCCAGGAGCAGCAAGCUAAAGUAUUCUUGGACGACGCGUCGUCGCAACCCCAACCUAGUGAUGGAGACGAAAAUGUUUACAACUUUGCCUACGACAAUCCAUACUACGAAGACCAGCACGAGGGCACUCUCACGCCUGACGGCAGCAAUGUGCGAUACAAAUACCGGCCGCCUCAAGCCGUCCGGAAACGGCAGUUCUGCAGCAUGGCUAGGUGGGCUGGCUACGAAGAUGAUGUGGUGUCUUUUGCGUUGGUGGUGGAAAACUGGACCCAGGCGCAACGAAGAGAGUGUCUUGAUCGUUUCUAUCGCUACAGGAGAGAUGUGCUGCGUGGACUUGUAAAGUCCGAGAGCUCUGGCGUGGGGGUGAAGAAGGAAGACGUCAAGAAGGAAGAACAUGAGGAGUUCAAGGUCAAGAAAGACGAUCUUCGAAUGAGAGAGACAGGUGCUGGUGUCAAAGCCGAACACGGUACCAGGGAAAAUUUGUCGGAGGUCAAGAUGGCCACAGCAGCGAAGAACAAACCCGAUACGGAGGUGGUAGAUGUCGACACGGCAAGUGAGGCUGAAGACGAUGAGCUUUGAUCUGCUCCAUUGGAGAUGGGUAAACGGAACCUGCCACGAGGAGCUAUGAUGCGAUGAUGCACGAUGUUUGAUGACGUUGUGAUACCCUGGUUAUAUCUUGGAUGGGUUCCUACUUUAUGCAGUUGUCUGGAUGUGCCUUGGAAAUUCCCCGGGGCUGAAUGGAUAGCAUCCACCUAAUCACUU